UCCUUUAAUCUCACUUCCUCAAACCUUUCAACCCAUAAAUUCAAAGAGAACCACCAAAAAAAAAUACAAAACACCAUAACCAUGGCCACCAAUAAAUCAUCAAAGGCCACCACAACCACGUCCUUCUUCUCCCCAUGGAAACUCGCCAACAUCUACACCCUUCCACUCAUUCUCUUCCUCUGCAUCUCCUCCUACUUCAUCGGCCUCUGGCAACACGGCGGCGGUGCCACAUCCGCCGCCAUCUCCGCCACACCCGUCCUCCUCGCCUCCCCAUGCAAAAACGACGUCGUAGCGUCAACACCACCUCAAGAACUCGAUUUCUUGAUACACCACUCGCUCAACUACUCGUCGCCGGCGUCUCCACUGACCGCGGCGUACCCGCGGUGCGAGGCGAGGUACAGCGAGUACACGCCGUGCGAGGACGCGAAGAGGUCGCUGAAGUUCAGCCGAGCAAGGCUGGUGUAUAGGGAGAGGCACUGCCCGGAAAAGUCGGAGCUCCUCAAGUGCCGCGUGCCGGCGCCGCACGGGUACCGCAACCCGUUCCCGUGGCCGAGGAGCAGGGAUCUGGUGUGGUACGCGAAUGUGCCGCACAAGGAACUGACGGUGGAGAAGGCGGUGCAGAACUGGAUCAGGUACGAGGGGGACCGGUUCAGGUUUCCCGGAGGUGGGACCAUGUUUCCGAACGGUGCCGAUGCGUAUAUUGAUGAUAUUGGGAGGUUGAUCAAUCUCAGGGACGGCUCUAUUCGAACCUCCAUUGAUACGGGCUGUGGGGUUGCAAGUUGGGGAGCUUAUCUUUUGUCGCGAAACAUCCUAACGAUGUCGUUUGCUCCUAGAGACACUCAUGAGGCUCAAGUCCAAUUCGCUCUUGAGAGAGGAGUGCCUGCCUUAAUAGGAGUCCUUGCAUCAAAGCGACUUCCUUAUCCUUCUAGAGCUUUCGACAUGGCCCAUUGCUCUCGCUGUCUCAUUCCUUGGGGCCAAUUUGAUGGUAUUUAUUUGAUUGAAGUUGACCGAGUUCUACGACCAGGUGGGUACUGGAUUCUUUCGGGCCCACCAAUCAAUUGGAAGAAACAUUGGAAGGGGUGGCAGAGAACAAAGCAGGAUUUGAAGGAUGAGCAGAGUAUUAUUGAGGAAGUUGCCAAGAGCCUUUGCUGGAAAAAGCUGGUGGAGAAGGAUGACAUUGCCAUUUGGCAAAAACCCAUUAACCAUGGAAGUUGCAAAGUCCAACAUAGCGGAGGCCAAAAUCCUCCAUUCUGCUCUGCUGAUCACGACCCCGAUAGAGCUUGGUAUACCAAAAUGGAGAUUUGUUUGACCCCGUUGCCGGAUGUCUCCAACAAUGAAGGAAAUGCUGGCGGAGAAUUAUCGAAAUGGCCAAAGAGACUAAAUUCAGUUCCUCCAAGGAUCAGCAAAGGAACAGUGAAAGGUGUUACUGCUGAGAUUUUCCAACAAGAUUCAGUACUGUGGAAGAAAAGGUUGUCACAUUAUAAGUUAGUGAACAACAUGCUCAGGCGAGCUGGAAGAUACCGGAACAUUCUAGACAUGAAUGCAUACUUGGGAGGAUUUGCUGCUGCACUGGUUGACCUUCCUGUUUGGGUGAUGAAUGUGGUUCCUGUGGACGUUAAGGUUGACACGCUUGGAGUUAUUUAUGAACGGGGUCUAAUUGGAACAUAUCAGAAUUGGUGUGAAGCAAUGUCUACUUAUCCCAGAACUUAUGAUCUCAUUCACGCUGAUUCAGUGUUUAGUCUUUACAUGGAUAGAUGUGAAAUGGAAGACAUAUUGCUAGAAAUGGAUAGGAUUUUGAGGCCAGAGGGGAGUGUAAUUUUCAGAGAUGAUGUGGAUGUGCUGGUGAAGAUUAAAAGGAUAAUUGAUGCAAUGGAAUGGGAAAGUAAAAUUGUUGACCAUGAAGAUGGGCCUCUUGAGAGGGAGAAGCUUUUAUUAGCUGUCAAGAAAUAUUGGACAGCUCCUGCUAUAUCUGAUUAACAAAUAGCCAAAACUACAUAGGAAAAAGGAGGGGGGAAAAGAAAGAAAAGAAACUCUUUUUUUUUUUUUUUUUGGUCCCUAAAAUUUGUGUUUAUGUUGUUUGUCAUUUUCCUUGGGCUGAAUUUUCUUUUGUCAUUUUGAUAUACUUUAUGAUUCUUUUCUGUUAUUAGUAUCAUCUUCUUGUUCAUUAUUCAUGCAUAUUCAUAUACCAAGAUAUGCAAUUAAUUAAUGAAUUU